AUGUCACAAAACAGAAAACCAUCCUUUAGCAAUCAAACCCAUUCACCCAAGUUUACAGAAAAGAAUUGUUACCACCCCAUCCUGCUUGGCGGCCGAAGCGGCAUUACUCUUCUUGCAACCAACCUCAACUCCAUAAUGCUGCAAGUACCACUGCUUGAAAGGCGCAGCAUCGACAUGAACAAUAGCACUCUUCACAAGAGUCUUGGUCCGGACCAGCUCGUUGUUGAAAGCGUUGUAGACAACAUCAAGAACUCUGGUCUUGCGGGUCACUGA